GUAAAGUUAAGAGAUUUGCAGUGUGUUUUAUUGUUGUAUGACGUCGUUGUCGUUAGGAUAUUACCCCUCGUGUGAUGUGACAGUUGCAGCAGCAGUAUCCCUGGGAGCACAAGGGUCAGUCUCAACAACAGAUGACAGACAACAAACGCUUAUUUAUCCAUGCGUUAAAAUAAUGAAUAUUACCGGUUUUGAUGCUGAAAAAUUCAAAAUUAUCAAAGGUGAAUAUACACCACUUGCAUGUUAUGGUGAAUUACGUGUAAAUUAUUGCAUUACACGUGAUAUUCCCUUCUUAUCGAAUUCACUGAUUACAAAUUGGUCUCAGACACAAGUGAAUCUUGAUCGAAAAUUAUUUAAUGAAGCCUUUGAAUUACCUCUACCAUAUAAUGCAUUAUAUGAUUAUAAUGGAAUAUGUUUUGUUUUAUCCUCUACAUACACUGAUAAAAAAGGUAUGCAUGAACAAUUGAUAGCUGGGGCAAAUAUGAAGUUAUAUAAUUCUAAAAAAGUUUUUCGACAAGGAAUCUAUGAAAUUGAACUGCAUCCCUUAGAACCAUUAAAAGUUUAUCGAUUAGAAGAUGUUGAAAAGUUGAUAAAUAAUCCUGAGUUUGAUGCAAAGCCAUCAAAUAUGGAUAGUAUGAAUCAAAUUCUUAAAACUAAUCGUAAACAUCUGCGAAAUGAGUUAUUAGAAACUCCAUUGGAUCGAUAUUGUAUGCCAGAUGUAGAACGUGCAAUUGAUGAAGCUAAACGAGCCAGUGGACGUUUAUUUUUAAGUGUCAAAUUUGAAUUUUCACGAAAUUAUCCAAAUAUUUAUAUGCCUGUGAUAUUUCAACGUCCGGUCAUUCAAGAACAAUCCGAGUUACGAGUUGACCGAUGGAAUCCAGUUGAUGAAAAGUAUUUCAAGAUGACACGUAAUGCUCGAACAGCUGAUGUGGAUCGUGCUCGUAAACCUAAUAAAGAUACAUUAGAUAGACUGAAGCUUAUCCUUGAUUUACCACCAGGAUUAAAUAUAUCCGAAUCAGAUGGUGAUCUUAUCUGGAAGUAUCGAUUUUAUUUAUCUGAUAAAUUUCCUGAAACAUCUUUAGCCAAAUUUAUUCUGUCUGUACGUUGGGAGUAUCCAGAACAAGUGAAUCAAGCUGUUGAAUUGCUAAGACAAUGGCCUACAAUAGCACCUGAACAUGUUCUUGAACUGUUUACACGUCAAUUUCUUCAUCCAGCUGGCCGAAGAUUUGCUGUGCAUCGGUUAGAAGCUGCUAGUGAUGAAGAACUUAUUCUCUACUUAUAUCAACUUGUUCAAGCUUUACGCUAUGAGAAUUGGCAUGAUAUAUUUUCAGUACAACCUGAAGAAAGCAGUCAAUCAAGAAGGUCUAAUACUUCAUCGAAUGUAACAAAAGAUGCUAAUGUCGACGAAGUAAUAAAAUCAUCAGAUGUCAAGUUGACUCGUAGAAAGUCAUCUACGUCAUCAUUAUCUUCAUCGUUUCGUCGACGUGCUGGGAGUGGAGUCGCUGAUACAUCGAAAUCAACAAUAUCAACAGCACAAAAUGCUGAACGGAAUCGUGAAGAAUUAACUGGAUGGCAUUCGGAUUUGAAAAAUGAUUGGAAGGAAGAUUUAGCCAGUUUUCUUAUACGACGUGCUCAAUUAAAUUUUCGUAUUGCAAAUUAUCUUUACUGGUUUUUACGACUGGAAGCAAAUAACGGGAGUAGUGAGGCAGACGGUGAUGGUGAUGAUGCUGGUGGGGGUUUUGGUGGUAGCGGAGGCGGCGGCGGUGGUGGUGGCAGCGGUGGUAGUCGAGCAGAUGUGUUGAAUUCACCAGAUACACAGAAAAUGUAUAAACAUGUAUUAAAUAGACUUCUACAUGCUUUUGAUGCUAGUGGUCCUACCUGUCAAAAAUGGAAUGUUGAAUUAUUACAGCAAACACAAUUCAUCCAGGAUUUAUGCCGAUUAUUAAAAUCUGUUACCAAUGAUCUGGGUAAUCGUUCACGUAAAAUUGAAUUGCUAAGACUGAAGUUAGAAAGUGAAGAGUAUGCACAUUUAAGACAGAUUGACAAACCUUUCCCAUUCCCAUUAAAUCCUGAUAUUAUUAUCUGUGGGAUACAAUCAUCAACAGCUACAUUAUUCAAGAGUUUUCAAAAACCUGCAUUACUGACAUUCAUUCAACCGAAUGGUGAUACUUAUCGUGCAAUUUUAAAGCAUGGUGAUGAUUUACGCCAAGAUCAAUUAGUUUUACAAAUGAUUGAAUUAAUGGAUGUAAUUCUUCGAAAAGAGAAUUUCGAUCUUAGACUUACACCUUAUAAAGUUUUGGUUACAGGUUCUCGUCAUGGAUUAGUUCAAUUUAUAGAGUCUGUUUCACUGGCUGAUAUACUGCAUAAAUCAACUUUAUUAGCUUAUUUACAAAUGAAAGCGCCAAGUUCAACUGGUCCUAUGGGUGUUCAAAAGGAUGUAAUGGAAACGUAUAUUCGUUCUUGUGCUGGUUAUUGUGUUAUCACCUAUCUGCUUGGUGUUGGUGACCGGCAUAUGGAGAAUCUACUGCUUACAGUUGACGGUCAUUUAUUUCAUAUUGACUUUAGUUUUAUACUUGGCGCUGAUCCUAAACCAAUGGCACCUGAGGUCAGAUUAACUCGUGCUAUGAUUGAUGCAAUGGGUGGACCGAAUUCAAGUCAAUUUAAUGAAUUCUGGAAGAUCACUUUUACAGCUUUUCUAAUUUUACGACGACAUGCCAAUUUAUUUUUAACCUUAUUCUCCUUGGUAUCGAAUACAGGGAUACAGAGUACUGUUAGUGGACAGAGUAAUGCUUCUGAAUUCUUAAAAGAACACUUUUGUGUACAUCAGUCAGAAGAGAGAGCUGUUAGUCGAUUAGCUAAUCGUAUGACUGAAUCAAUCAAAGCUAUUGUACCUGAUAUUAUGGAACGAAUACAUACUAUUGUACAGUAUAUGAGGAAUUAAGAAUCCAUUUUGCCAAACAAAUGUGAUCUACAUUUACGUAUAUACAUCAAUUUUGUGAAUAUUACUGAAAGUUUUCCCCCUUUGAUUCUGUCUCUUCCCCUCCUCCCCCUUCCCUGUUUAUUUUUUUCAUCUAAUUAAUCUCUUCUUUGUUUUUGUUUAAUUAUGUGACAGAAAUCAUGAACUCUUCUUUUUUUACACUUGUUUUUUUAGUUUAUUUACGUAAUUAUUUUCAAUUGAAUAAAAAGAGAGGUGAUUAUUCAUUUUUUUUCUUUUCAUUACAACCGAAUUUCUGUAAUCAAUUGAUUAAUUUUAAAAAAAAUUGUAUAACAAUAUAAUUAUAAUAAAAGUCGCAAUAAUUGA